UUGGCAGCGGCGACCAGAGGCGGAAACUCUUGUGAGGGGGCGAGGCUAUUCGGAGAGUCCGUUUUAAUGAAGACCCUUUCGGGCAGUUUUAACGCCAACGUAGGUAUCGAGCUAUAAGCCGCUUUGUGAGGUCUGCCCGAAAAGUAGUAUGUAAAUAUUGUAGAGAAAUAACAAUAAAUUGAAUAAAUAAGCUUUCAUGAGCCAUAGCCCACUCUUUAUCAGAUGCAUGAAGUGAUUAUCCCAGUGUGUAGAUGCAUGUUUACGGCUAGCAUAAAAAGAUCUGUUGAGUGGAUCGGUUCAGCGCUUCCUCUACCCUCUUUGACCCAAUAUGAAUCGCCACAUUGUAAUCAACUGCACGUCUGCUACGUUAGGUGACUAAGUACCUGGCAAAGUAGGCUGUGACCCAUGGAAGCUUAUUGGAGGAAUCUGCACAGGUGCGAAGAAGAGGAGAUCUCAAAAAGCACGUUCAGGGAAAUAUAGUGAAGCCCAAGUUGUUUUUAAGUGGCAGAACUUACUCAGAGGUAAGAAUUCACCCCUCUCCUGGUACAUUUGUUUUGGUGCAGAGAUCCUGACUGGGUCUUAAACUGAAGUUUUCUAUUACAGUAUGUUCAAACUCUGUUUUGUGUCAAAUAAUCUGCUUAUUAUCCUGGUUAGUUAACCAACAUUAUGCUGGUUUGUGUGCCGCAGGAAAUUCUGCUUUAAAACAAGCCCUGUGAGGGAGAGGAGAGUGGCUGGGUGUGGAAAGGAAUAUACCAGGUCAGAAUUGGUUUCCAGCUUCAUAAACUGGUUUGUGGAAUGUACUUCUGAACAAAGCCAUUGAAUCAAAUGCCCCUCAAGAAGAACCGUGCUGUUCUAAAUGCAUUAGUACUUAAUGUACUUUUUAGGGCACCUUGGAAGCCUUUACUUCUCUUUAUUUAAUCAGUAGCAUAUAUUGUAUCUCAAUAAACUUGCUAAUUUUCAAGGUAGCAUAAGACUUGUUCAUACAUGGGAGGAAUUCACAUUAAAUCUUAGUAUACUCAUCUCCAAGUGAACAGUUUCUUCAACAGUUUUCAAUACGUGUAACGUUAUUCCAUAAUAUAUGUGAAUUAGCUUUUAGAAUGCUUCAGAUUUGAUAUAGAUGCUAAAUGUUAAUUUGCUAUUCUUUGCCUAUUUUGCCCUUACAACAACCUCAGUUUGAGAGGGAAUAACCUUUCCAAGGAUGGUUGGCUAAUAGCAAUGAGAGAAAGAGAAAAUAUUUGGGGGUAACGUAUCACUGAAAAACAGCAUAGAAGAAGAAGAGUUUGGAUUUGAUAUCCCACUUUAUCACUACCCGAAGGAGUCUCAAAGCGGCUAACAAUCUCCUUUGCCCUCCUCCCCCACAACAGACACCCUGUGAGGUGGGUGGGGCUGAGAGACUUCAAAGAAGUGUGACUAGCCCAAGGUCACCCAGCAGCUGCAUGUGGAGGAGCGGAGACGCGAACCCGGUUCCCCAGAUUACGAGUCUACCGCUCUUAACCACUACACCACACUGAACAGAACAUUACACAUCUCCAAAGAUGAAAAGAAAAGUGGCCAAAGCUGUGGGACUUAGACUUAGUCCUAAUGAAGAAGCUCAGCUGCUGAAAGAAGAACAUGAAAGGAGAAGGAAAUUAAGGCUACAGCAGGUUAGAGAGCAGGAGAAGAAUAUUGCUUUGCAGAUAAGGCAAGAUGUUAAGCAGAGAAGAGAUGAGCAGCUGCACCAUUUGGCAGAAGAACUGAAAGCAGAGUGGCAAAGAUCGCAAGAUGAAAAGAUUCAAGCCUUGGAAAAGCUUUAUCUGUCAAGCUUAAGAGCUAUAGGAGAAGGGCAUAGACAGGCAAAGGAAAAUGAACCAGAUUUGGAGGCUCUGGCCAAGCUGGCAAAGGAAAGGAAACAAAGAGCAGAAAAGAGGCAUAAGGAAGCGCUAAAGGAGCAGAAAAAUAAAAAAGAGAAGUUGCUGAGGGAGCAAACAAGGAGAGCAAAUGCACGGAAGAACGCAUUGGAUGUAGAAAAAGAGAGAGCUGCUAAAAUUGCAAGCCUACCGCCUCCUCCCCCUCCCCCUUUUGAAAAUAUUGAGUUGAAGAGUGUUUCUACAGUGAAAGUCUGUGAUACUGACACUUUUUCGAUCACUCGGCAUCAUCUCUCUGAUCUUCACCAUCAUCUCUGUGAUCCAUAUGUAGAUAGAGAAAUGAACAUAGACCAGCCAGAUGCUCGGUUACUUGCCAAGGUGGAAGCCAAACGGAAGGAAGGACUGCAAAGCAAUGAAGAGAGAGAGAGGAGAGAGCAGCAAGAAAAAGCUCGCCUAAGAGGGAAGCAUGCCUUGAAGAUGGUCCGUCUUGCACGAGACAGGGAAAAGCUAAUGAAAGAGCUUGAACAUAUGCAGAAUAUGGACCUUGCACGCAGAAGACAGAUUGUUGCCCAGAUGCCACCUCAGUUGUUUCAGCCGCCCUACAAGCGUGUGGAAAUCAGGGAAGAAUGGCAGAGAGAGCUGGAGUGUGCAUUUGAAGACAUGUAUACUAGAGACAGGAAAAUGAAAGGAGACCUUAUUUUGCACCUUGACCCACAGCCCUUACCAACCUUCUCUGGUAGAUCUCAAGAUGAUAAGCUGGACCUCUCCCAGGAGCCAGGUUCGGUGUUUGAGGUGCCACCAAGUUUGCCGGAUGAGGUGAAGGACAGUGAGCCAAGCAGUAGUGAAGUUGAAAAGCCACCCGAGCCUCAGUCAAAAUUGGCUCUUAAAAAAUUGCUAAAUAAGAUCAGGAACCAAAAGGACCAUUGGACAACAGGAAGUGAACCAGAAAUUACAAGUGAAAUUGAAUCAAUUGAAUCUGGAACAAUUUCUAGUAGAGACAGAAGAUUAUACUACUCCGAAUCUGAGCCUGAACCAAAGAGUGAUCCUGUCUCUGAAGCCAGGGAACCGCCACAGAUAUUGGACCAAAGUAUUGUUGCUGGAAAUGUAGUUCUAGAUCUACAAGAACAAGCAACUAAACUCAGAAAGGAAGCAGAAAGACAAAACCAGAUAGAGCGCCAAAAGCAACAGCAGUUGGCAUUGCUUCAGCAAAUUGAACAGCAGAAAAAACGUCUGGAGGCUGAUUUUCUGAAGGCUCAGAUGCAGCACCAGGAGCAGGAAUUUAAAAAAGAGCAAGAAAUGAAAGAUCAGGAAUCCCAAACGGAACAAGUGAAUAUCAGGGUCCCUUUUGUACACCAGCAGCAGGAAGUACAACAUAAGCUUGAAAGAGCCAUAGAGCUACAGGCAGGCAGCAGUUCUGCAGAGGGUGAUCAUACAGAGGAUGAUCAUAUACAGAUGAUUCGCGACUAUCAGCAACGCCUUCUAAUCCAAAACAGGAUGCACAGAGUGUCGGUCGAAGAAGCCAGGAAGCGUCUGCAUGAGUAUCAGAACAAGCUGAAACAGAGAUACCGCUUAGUUUCUGCAUCAUUGUUAGGUCCUGCUAACAGACUUGCACAGCAAGAUUCUGUCCCUGGCGCGCCAUCACAAUUACAAGGAUAUCAUGGUUUGCAGAGAGUUAACCUAACAGCAGACCAGCCAUUUGGGACUGCUCCUGUACAAGAGUCAGCUGAGCAUUCAAAACUGCCUUGGAUGUUGGCGGCGCCAUCAUCAGAGCAGGGGGGAACAGAACAACAGUUUGAUGUGGGCAGCAGGCAUGUAUGUACUCUGGAGGGUCAAAGGCUUUUUCAGUUGUCACAGGUUUACAGUUCACACCAACAAAAAGAAGAGCUGGGUGCAGUGGAGACACCUUCGGCACAGUCAUUGGAAUUUCACAGCAUUCCAGAAUCAUUCAUGCUUAAGUCACAGGACACUUCUGUUACAACUCAGCCAGUGGCUGAAACACAGCAUGCCCCAUUCACUUUCCCUGUGGGCAGCUCUUCUGUGUCUUCAGAAACACUCUGGUCUGAUAAACUGACGUCUCGUGCACCUUCAGCGGAAAAGAUCCUCCUGCCAGCAACCUUAAAGCACCAGCACAUACCUCCCGAAAGUUGCACAAGAACAACCUUGGAGCAAGCUUACCUCCCUCCUUUGCUGCCCCUCUCGUCUGUGCUUUCCUUUGUUUCUAGCGAGAGUCAAAAGACUCAGGAAUCCUACGCAUUAAAAAAUGGAAGUGGAUCCACGCCUGGUUAUUCUGAUAUAGCAGAAUUAAGGGACAGAAUGAUGUCUUCCUCUGAGAGCAUUCAAGCUCAGCAAGAACACUUGAAAGAACUACAAGAGCAGCUAGAUAAGCAAAGGGAAGCUCUUCUUUCUCGGCAGAAGGUACAAGAGGACUUGCUCAUGGAAAAGCAUAGUCGGCUGAAACAACAAAUGGAACAGCAGCAGGAAACUUUAAAGGAGUUUAUUAAAAAGGCAGGACAGUCCAGCACAUGUAGAGAUAUGACAGAGCAGCGAGCGACUGAUGACUUCCAUCUGCUGCCAACACUAGGAGCAAAAGACAGCAACGAAGAUGUGGUUCAAGUUGCUGAAAGGAGCAGUCAUGCUGAAAAGGACAUUUUGUUUCAUAGUGUUUGUCCAAAUGAACAGAUUGAGCGAUUUCAAGACACCUGGGGAAGAGAACAGACAUGGAGACUUUCAAAGCCACCUUUGUCAAAAAUAAAGCUAGGGCUUGAUUUGGAACAGCAUGAACUUAGCGUUAUACCAGAACUUGACACACCACGGAGUGGCAGACUUUCCUCUACAGGUUACAGAGAACCUCUUACUGGAGAUACUUGCCUGGCUUCAAGGGCCAAUAAGUGGCAGUCCAGCAUCAGUCUAGAUGAAGAUCUCCAUGAAGAAACAGAUUUAUUAAGGUUUAUGGCAGAUGGCCAAGAACCAAGUUCUGAUGAAAGUGAGAUCCAGUUCAAUGAAUUAUGGUGUGAUAAGUCAGCGACGGAAGCUGGGGGCUUUUGUGACUCAGCCCGCUCCUACGAACUCACUCUUAGAGAUCGAGGCUUACCAAGCUCUGAUGAUACUGGAAAGAUAAUAGCUACGUAUCCUCAUCCUUCAUUUAGACCUGAUUGUAUGGUAACACUUUCUACAGAAUGGUGCCCUUCUUCAUUAAGUCCACAGACAUCUACACAACAGGUAGCAUGUGGCUAUUUUGCUUCAUCUUCACUUUCUGCUACCAGUUUCGUUGCCAAUUCCAAUCCUGACGGAAGUCUUGCUAAUACAGAGUCGCAUUCAGGCAGGAAACAACCAGGUCAUUUCAGCUCUCCUUUGAAAGAGAAAGCAAAUACUGCUUUGGAGCCUUCAAUUUCUCUGCUGUGUGAACAGGAUGAUCCUUCAGAAGCUCCUGGCUCCCAUCUGUUUGGAGAAAUGUUGCACUCGGAUAGACGCAAAAUUCAACAGAUCAUAGACAAAUACACAAGAGAUUUCAGCUGGUCAUCUUUAAGCAACGUCUCUCCCCCUGUUGAUACUACUGACCUUGAGAGAAGUUUUCCAAAUUUCCACCGUGAGCUUUUUAAGCCUUUGGAACCAAGACCUGACUUUGAUAUGCUCUCAACGUUUUCUCAGAACAGCAAGAACCAAAGCAAGAAUUCUACUUUAUUGAAGAGCCACGAAUUAACAGCUUCCAGCUUUGAAGAAGGAAGCAACAACCUUUCUCUUCUCAGUACAGGAAAACUAAGCGAUAUUCCACCAACGCAACAGAGGGGCGAGGAGGCAAAGGAGCAGAGUCAAGGUGCUGAAGAAUCGUUUGAACACCUACCUCUGCAAUCUUCCUUAAGAGAGGUUCCACAGAGUGGUGAUAAGUAUGGAUCCUUCAGCGCAGAGGCCGAACAAAACCUUGAAAUGAGUAAAACUAAUGGGAGCAGUAUCUAUGUCGAACCUGAGAGCACACAGUGUGAGGAGCAGGAAAAUGAUGAGAUCACCAACCUUUAUUCUUCCAUUGAAAAUUUCCGUAGUCCAAGCCUGGCAGAAGAUGGAGGCUCAUUCUAUCAGCUAGUUCCAGAUAAUGGUACAAGGCAUAGUGCUCUUGGGACCACAGAGUCGGAGAAAGAAGACAUGUCAACGAAAGAAGAGAGCCUGUGUUUUGCCGAACUGCCCACUGCGUCAACUGACAGCAAGCGUAAGACAGUUACAGAAAAGGCGGCUAUAAAUGAGGAUGUAGAAAUUGAUCUCUCUCGGUGUACUUUGCAAACUAUGGGAGAUCAGAGUUCUAUAAUAACACAGACGAUGCUGAGUUUGAGUCCAGAAAUGAACUCUAAGAUCUCAGAGAGCCCUGUGGAAAAUUCUGUGCAGCAAACUAGCAGAGUGCCAGAUGCAUCUCCGCAACCGAAUUUGACUACCAUGCAGGCUGAAAGUUCACGUUCCUCUUUGCCAAGAAACGUACCAGUCUGGGAAACACAUACAGGGCAAGGGAUUAUGGAAGAACCCGAGUUGACUCUAAUAAGCUCCAAUGACAUCAGUAUUGCAGAAUCAGAUCUGGGAUUCUUUGAACAAGCGGAGAGCAGAAAGGAGGAAACUGAAAACUUGCCUUACGUUGAUCAUUCUGAAGCAAUAAGCUGUCCCAUGCAGAGCAGAGAAUUUUUACCUUUAAAUUCAGAAGUGGAUGACUCCAUUUGCUCUCAGCCUGACUAUCCAUUAGCAGCUUGGAGCACCCAAGAGGAUUCUUGUCAAAACUCCAACGAAGAAGCACUCUUGCCAGAGUUCGCGUCUGCCACCGAGAGCUUGCAAGAAGCGUUUUUCAGGCUGAAGAAAGAUUUCAUUGAGAGAUCCUGUAAAAGAGUAGAGAAGAUCAAAAGUAGAAAGCGAAGUUCUGAAAAGCCUCCAGCUCAGGCACUUCUUCAUAAACCAAGAGAGAACUUGUCGCCUCCUGGUGCAGCAGCUGUUCAUUUGAAGAAAGUAGAAGACUUUAAAGCGUGUUCCACAGAGGACAGGAAGGCAGCAGAAGCACAGAUGUACCAACGCACUUCAAGAUUGUAUAAUAAUUUAGCUGAAGUGAAAACCAAAAAGCAGGAGAGAGAGCGACGAGAAAACUAUGCCAAAAACCGGGAAAGAGCAAAGGCAUUUCAAAAGAAAACAUUGGAAAACCUAAGAGCCAGAAAAACAACAGCGAAAAAAUAAUGCUCUUCAGAAGCUUGCAGGUGGAAGAAUUCUUCGCUGUAAAGUAAAAAAAACGACUCGAGGUCACCUUUGUAAAUACAUGAUAUGCCAGCCUGAUAUAUAUUGCAUUCAAUUUGGAUAAUUUGCCAAUAUGGCCAAAGCUGUAUAGGGUGAAUUGCCAUAUUUUCUACAAUUAUGACUUUUUAAAUCAAGGAAUAUUUUUAAAAAACUUCACAUGCCCCCCCCCCC